GCGGCGCCAUGGCUGGCCCGGCGCUGCCGCUGCCAGUCGUGCGCUGGUGCGUCAACGCCGCCACGACAGCACAACGACGACGCCACGACAGCGCGACGAGGGUGCCAUGGCAGCGAAAGAGAGAGAGAGGGAGAGAGAGAGAGAGAGAGAGAGAGAGAGAGAGAGAGAGAGAGAGAGAGAGAGAGAGAGAGAGAGAGAGAGAGAGAGAGAGUGAGAGAGAGAGAGAGAGAGGGAGAGAGAGAGAGAGAGAGAGAGAGAGAGAGAGAGAGAGAGAGAAUGAGAGAGAGAGAGAUAGAGAGAGAGAGAGAGAGAGAGAGAGAGAGAGAGAGAGAGAGAGAGAGAGAGAGAGAGAGAGAGAGGAAGAGUGCGCAGCGGAAGCGUGGGAAGAAGGUCCAGCAGGUUGAACCUGCUCUGUUACCAUGUUA